AUGGCUGAGCGCGAUGCCCUCGUAACGCCAUCAAGCCAGCACGUGUUGCCGAGACAGAUGGAAGACGAUGGCACGAACAACCCGCCGACCACACGCAAGGAGAACGAGCCGGCAGCACGUGAGAGCUGUUUACCUGAAGAGUACAGAUUGUUUAUGGAACAUUCAAAGGAGAAGGAUCUCAUGAGAAAAGAAGCACAGGAAAAGCUAGAGAGGGCGAAUUUGGACCACGAGAAGGAUAUGUGGCAUCUAAAGCUUGAAAUCCGUAUCCAGGUCGAUGGUCUCACGCGGGAGAAGGAAGAGCUGCAGACUACGAUUGACGCCUUCCACAUGCUAUUUGAGAAGACGCGCGGCGAGCAUACGACAGAGAUCCAGGAACUUACUCAAGCUAUGCAGCUACUUUGGAGUGAACUGUAUGCCAAGGACCAGGAGCUCAAGGUCAUUCAUGACGCGCACGAUGCUGUGGUCAAGAAACUCGAGGAUGAGAGGGCGCAGUUGCCAGCCAAGCUAGCCAAAGCCGCGAAGGAAGCGCUCGCCCUUCAAUCCAACGCAAAACCAUCCAACGAAGCCGUCGCUGUCAAAGCCGCUGCAUCCGUUCCUGCGCACCUCAAAGCCAAAUCUGAACGCUUCGCACACUGCAGCCAGUGCAUGCGCCACAACUGGGAAUGCGAUGGCGGAGCUCGAUGCAAGAACUGUUCGAUGCGAGGUAUUAGCAGGGGCUGCCAGCGAGUCGCGUGCAAGUACUACAACAAAGGCACCUGCAAGGACGAACAUUGCCGCUUUGCACACGCAGGAGAUGGAUCUGUGAGGAUCGUACCGUAUGAAGCUGUAUGGGGUGAUGGGCGCGAGUUAAGUCCAGUCGAGCUUCACAAGAAGGGCUACAAGGGAGGAUGGAAGGCGACAUGGUCUUGA